AUGUUGAACGUCAAACAAGCCGGUCGAGGCUUUGUGAUUCUUAACAUCAUUCGUGUUAUGAACAUUAUAGCACUCCUCGAUGUUAUCGCAGCAAGUUGGAUCAUGCUUGUCAUGACCGUCAAGACCUCUAACUUCUUCUUCUUUGAUGGAGUCUCUCACUUCAUCACCAGCUCUAUCGGAAUCUUCCUCAUUAUCUCAGAGCUCUCCCUCUUCAAGAAAUACUUUGAGAAUUUCUGGCCUCUCCUCUGUCCCCACAAUGGCUUUCUCUUCCUCGGUCUCUCCAUGUUAGCUCUUGGUUUCAAUAUCCUCGGAAACUUGAACAAGAAUGCCACUUCUGUUCAAAACUUAGGAUUACCUAUGUGGCGUGUGGUUAUUUCUUCGGGAUGUCUUUCAGCUAUUCUAGGAGGUAUCAAUUGUAUAGCCUCCCAAAUCUUCACCACCAAAACCAAAACCGCACGCCAACUCCGCGCUCACGGCGCCACCGACACCCCCAACCCCUACGAAAAACGCCUCUCCCUCCCCUCCUCCAUCAACAACGAUCUCCCCUCCUACUACACCAAUCCUGCCGAACGCCGCAAAUCGCGCUUCCCCUUCCGUCUCCCUCUUCGCGCUUCGCAAUUCCACAUCUCCAAACCCGUCAUCUCAGACCCGCAGCCCUUCCACCCAGAUCUCGAAGUCGGCGAAAGCUACGAUCAUCAAAAAAAUGAUAGAAGUAGUCCCAUCGUUCCCGGUGUCGAGAGACCACCUACCGCAAUGCAUCCUGCGAAUUUGAGACCCCCGCCUGCACCCAGAAGUAGCAUCUAUAGUGUUGCGAGUAACGUGACGAGGUUUACUAGGAUUUAG